UAAAAAAAACAUUACAUUAACUUACGUAUUGUUUUCUAAUCUUGUUUAUACGCACGAUUGCAAUCGGUAUUUUUGUUAACACAUAUUAUAAGUUAUUCUAUUGGAAUAAAGUUUUACAUAAAAGAGAAAAGUAAUAAAAAUGCCAACCGACUUGAUUGGGUAUUUAUACGCUGCUACUGUAGCUGCUGGCGGUAUUAUCGGUUAUGUUAAAGCCGGUUCCGUGCCCUCCUUGGGGGCUGGCUUGGCUUUUGGUGCCAUACUUGGCGUGGGUGCACACUUUAAUUCACAAGAACCACCACGUCCACUCUUGCAGUUGGGCACAUCUCUACUUUUAGCUGGCAUGAUGGGUGCACGUUGGAACCGUACUGGCAAAUUAAUGCCUGCUGGCAUGAUUUGCAUGAUAUCUGUGGCAGCCUUGCUGCGAAACUUGGUUAUGUACAAUCGCUAUUUGCCCUUACCAGGAAGACAACAGUAAAUGCAUAGACUUGCAAUAAAUGCUGGUAGAACAAACUUGCCCAUGCGAUAAAAUUAAUCUAAGACAAAUUAUGCACGAAACCACUGUCUUCUGGUACAUUCUUAUACAUAUAAACGUCUGUUAUUGGUGUUUUUCGGUUUGCGACACUUAAUUUCUCAUUUAUUGAAUUGCACUUUAAAGUGGAAAUUUGUAUAUUUGUAGUUUAUUUACUUUCAAUAGUUGUCAGAAAUAAAGUUUCUUCUAUUUUUAUUAAUCAUA